UUUAAAGGUUUUGCACCAGCGUUCUGUAACUCCGGGAAGAGUUUUUACCACACUUAGCCCGAGCACCGGAGCACUGGGUUCAAGGCUCCUCCCUCUCCAAGUUCACUGACGUCUGGCAUGCACCGUAACUGCAUGCGGCCGUGCGCUUCUGACACAAAUGUUCGGGGACUGACAGAAGAAGCUCGGCGUCUCCCUUGGCAAGCGCUCCCGAAGGAGCUGGCAUCUGCUGGUUGCUGCGCUGAAACGGGAAUAACCAGCCCAUUUUUUGCUCCCCCACCCAUCAAUUUGAAUGAGGAAGUUCACAAUGAAAAUGAGUUCCUGAACCCAAUGCACAGAUAAAUUUUCAGACACAUUUGGGAGCUCCCAUGGUCCAGGCCGACGGCACCUCGAUGCUUCAACAUGGCGGCCUGACACUUGAGGCAGGAGGUCCUUCUGGACGGACCCCUGCCACCAGCGGGUCAGAAGACAGAUUGGGUGGCUGGACACAAUGACCUGGCUGCCUUUAGCUUGCUGCAUCCUAAUGCUGUUUUUUUUGCUGGCAUCAGCAGGCAAAUUAUUACCUCCCACAAAUCUAACUGUGACUCUACUGGAUUUUGAGAUGAAUGUCAGCUGGAUUCCACAGCGGGAAAAUCCACACGACACCAAGUAUUCUGUGGAAAUUCAGGAGGCAGGGCAAAGCAACUGGACUACCUUGAAGAACUGCAGGCAGCUGAGCGGGUGGAAUUGUUCAUUUUCAUUUCCUCUGGAAUUCAACGAGCUCAUUAAAAACUACUUUGUCCGCGUGAAAGCGUUCCAUGGAGGGGAGAUCUCCAUUGCGGAUUACAAGAAGUCCAUCCAGCCAUAUGGAGGCUCACUACUGAGCGGGCCCGACCUCACAGUGAGUGUUCAGAAAGAGUCCGUCAAGGUGCUGAUACAUCAUCAGCUAGAGCCAGUGCUCCAAAACCUCAGCUACUCCCUCAACCUGACCCAAAGGACCCCAGGAAAUGACCUCCUGAUCAGCAUGGUGAACGCUGCGGUGUCCCCGUGGACGUUUCCGCGCGAGCAGUUGCGUCCCGGCCACUUGUACUGUGUGUCAGCAGCCGUCAACCACCGGCAGCAGCAGCAGCAACAUCUCGCAUCCGAGAGAUGUGUGUUCCUGCGUAAAACAUCCAGAGUCGAGGUCAUAGUCCGGAUGAUUCUGGGAACUCUGGUGCCGCUAUCUGUGCUAACGCUGCUGAUUCUGGUGGCCCUCUUCUUCUACCUCAAGCCCAGGAAUGAUGAGGCCGACAUGCCCACCGUACUGAAUGAGGUCAGCAGGACCACUACACGUACGAUGGUGGUGCCCACAGAAUGGACGGUACAGCCAGAGAUGUUCUCCCUGGAGCCCAUCAGCCGGACACCAAGGAGCUGCCCAGGCACCACUUGCCAAUAUGCCUCCCGAGAGGUUGUGCCUAAUCCCAACCGGGACAAUGCCUUGCCGGCACCAGCUGCUGAAGGUGAAGGAGAUGCUGGGUUGGAAUUCCAGGGUUCGAAAUACCAUGAAGUGAACGAUGAGGAGUGGAGCAGGAGCUCAGUCGAAAUGGACUCUGCCGAGGACAUCCCGUCCAUUGGACUUUCUGAUGGGGAUGGAACGUCACAUGUAGCCUCAUCCUCUGAAGAUGAUCCAUAUUACAGGAUUCACACAGACUCUGAGAGUUUAGAAGACAUGACGGAGGAAGGAGUGACAAAUUCCUCAGAGUACAACACAAUGCCAGAGACAGAUAACCUGGAAUCCUAUCUUACUCACCUCAGUGGGUAUGAGUCUCGCCCUGACCCAUGCUUCUCUAACAAUGAUCUUCCUCCUAAAUAACUGAAUCUCAAUCAAAAUCCACCAUGAAGGUGACCAGGGACUUAUUCAAUGAUAUGAUAAGCUGCUGACAUCAACUGGAUUUUGAAGCUCUGCUUCAGGUAUCUAGUCAGUGACCAAAGGUCAGAGGUGAUGACCAUGGUUAGAUGUAAGGACCUGGAUUUCUGUGCUCAGGGUUUACAUAAAAGGGAAAGCUCACUUUUUUCACUAUUCUUUAUAUUACAUACGGUACACAUAUUCGUGUCUCACAACUUUUCAUAUUUGUUUGUACAAAAUAAUACAUUUUUUAAGAAACCCAUUCAACCUCAGAACUCAUCUUACUGGACUUAUAAACACAGCCACCAAACUGUUUCACUGAACUGAAGUAGUCUUUGUAUUGAAAUUCCUAAGGCACUUUUUUUUUGUAAUAAAUUGUAUUGCUAGUUAAAAAUUUUGUAAUUUUUAUUUUCAUUUUAAUGUCUGCUGCAAAGUACCAUCAUGCAUGGGAAAAUAGUGAAAGGGCACAGGAAUUUUCACUGUAAACAGAACAACAUGUGAGUGUCCUCAUGAAGAAUAUGUGAUUUAUGUACAGUAUAUGACAUGUACUGUAUAUUUUUGAUAUAUAUAUAUCAAAAGGAGGAAAUAUAUAUAUAUAUAUAUAUGUAUCCAUUCUGAUGAAGAAUUUGUACAUGAUAUGGGAUUCCAAGUAAACAGAAUCAAGCAGAAACAUAACGUCUUCCAACCAUAAAGGGUGUAAGAUGAAACUGUAUGCUUUUUCUUUUUACCUUUUACACCAAACACAUUUAAGAGUUAUACCUGCAGAAGAGAUACCUGGAUUUAAAGCUGGUGGAUAUCACACUAAAUCCUGUUUAUAAAAAUCAGAAACAGAGACUGAAAAAACUGGACUGUACAAAGGUAUAAAACCGUGACAAGUGACACAACAGUGAACUUUAGUGUCGAUGGUGAAGACAUGGAAGUCGUAGACAACCUUCAUCAGUGAUGAGUGGUCAGAGGAGACGAAAGACCAGCCUUUAGAAGAGCUGCAGUUGAAAAUCUGGAGGACAGCCUCAAAUGUGCUGAUGUAUUGAUAAGAAUGUAAAUUAUAAUUGUUCAGGCAGUGAUGUUUGUCACAACGCUAUUAAUGGACGCGAAAGGUGGACAUUGAAGAAGCAGUGAAGAACAAAUGUGAAAAACGUUAACUACUUUAAACUGUGCUGCUGGAAGACAGUGAGAAAACUGGACUCUCCCCAAAGACAGUGAUGGUUGGGGGUCAGCAGUGACCCGAUGGGUGGAGUCACUCGCAAUGACAAUGGACUCAUUCCUUUAUCCCCAAAGGACACAAGCGGAAGGCAAAACAUUUUAAGCGCACUGUCUAUGGGAUUGCCUAGAGGUGACAUCGACUUCACUGCACUCACAACACUGAAGACCAAAGUUAGGCGCUUUGUCCCACCUCCAACGCGUAUGAGAGAAGAACAACUAUGGCAGCAACAGUGGAGAAAUAUGCUAGAAGUAGGUUGUCAGUUUUCUUACCUUUUACAUUUGAAAAAGUUAUAUAAAUACUGAAUGAAGAAAAAUGUAGCGCAGUUAAUUGUGCAGCAAAUCCAUGUGCUUGCUCACUGUUGAUAUCCGCUUUUCUGAGUAAAUCUACGUUUAAUCAAUGACAAUUUUUCAUGGAACCGUUCAAAGUAGAGUAAUACCUUGCCCUACGUCGUUAAAUCGACUUAAGUCGAAAAACCACGGAAAACGAAAUAACCCCUAAAAAACUGAUUUAGACCCCCUAUAAACCCCUAAUAAGCA